UGUAUCCGCAAGGGAGAGAGAAUUAUUUUUUAGCAAAAUUAAUAGAGGAAUAUAUUCUCUUGAUUGAACUAAAUAUCCAAGAAUAUUUUGAAUUUAGCCAAUUAAUAUCUGAUGCAAAUCUGCAUUUAGAGAGAGCUAAGAAGGAAUUGAAGUAUAGAAAGAUGGAAGAAGGAAAAGGAGCCAUAUGCGUGACAGGAGGUACCGGAUACAUAGCUUCAUGGCUGAUCAAGAAGCUCCUUGAGGAGGGUUACUCUGUCCAUACCACCAUUAGAGUUGACCCAGAAAACAAAAAAGAUAUUAGCUUCCUCACCAGCCUGCCAAGAGCAACCGAAAGGCUCAAAAUCUUUGCAGCUGAUCUUAGUGAUCUGGACAGUUUCGAUGCAGCCAUUGAAGGAUGCAAGGGAGUCCUCCACCUUGCCACUCCUGUCGAUUUCGAAAACAAAGAGUCUGAGGAAGUGUUAACGAAACGGUCGAUCAAUGGAGCACUUGGCAUCAUGAAGGCAUGCUUAAAAUCAAAAACAGUGAAGAGACUUGUUUACACUUCUAGCUUAUCCGCCGUUGUGUUUAACGACAAAGGUGUGGAGAUGAUGGAUGAGAGUUUUUGGACUGAUGCGGCUUUCGCUAGAGAUAAAUUAGAUCCGUCCCUAAGUUCCUAUGUAAUUUCUAAGACUUUGACAGAAAGGGCAGCUCUGGAAUUUGGAACAGAGCAUGGAUUGGAUGUGGUGACAGUGAUUCCUUCUUUUGUUGUUGGUCCUUUCAUCUGUCCCAAGUUCCCUGGUGCAGUGCGCUUAUCAUUGGCUCCGGUCUUAGGGAAUAGGGAUGAGUAUAGUCUUCUUCUCAAUGUAGAGAUGGUGCAUGUUGAUGAUUUAUCAAGGGCAUUCAUCUUCCUGCUCGAGCAUCCUGAGGCAAAAGGGAGAUACAAUUGUUCCUCAGACAGAGUAACUAUUCAAAAAAUAGUUGAAAUUCUUUCUGCUAAUUACCCAGAAUUCACACUUCCAACAGCAGAUUCCCUAGCAGAAAUUGAAGGUACUAAAAUGCCUAGUUUGUCAUCAAAGAAACUCCUGGAUUCGGGUUUCAAAUUUAACUAUGGGGUUGUGGAUAUGUUUGAUGGAGCUAUCAAGUGCUGCAAGGAAAAAGGCUUUCUCUAAUUGCGAGGACCAAGUGCUUCAGGAUAUGUAUGAUUCAAUCAGUUGAGGGAUGAAGAUGCACUUCAUGUGAAGAUUUUAGGAUUCUAAAGAAGGAAGCAUUAGUGGCAAGGUUCAUAAAGCUCAUUAUUUUGGUCAAAUAACUGUAAAAUUAAUGUAUGUCCUGCCGUGCUUCAUGUCUUGACGAUUGUGAGCAACUGUAUGCAGCUAAGUUUUUCUUAUCAACGUUCAGAACAAAACUAAAAAGAAUAAGAAAAAGAAGUUGUUUCUUACUCAAUGAGAAAUAAAGAAAGCUAUGAACUUUUCUCAGUGAUU